AAAGAAGACGGGCCAACCUGCUCACCUCCCGAAGUCGAAGGUGGCAAAUGAAAAUUUUCCUUUUGGGCUCUACUCCGCCGGACCAUCCUCCUCCUGAGUCCUGCCCGUAAAGUGGACUGCUGCGCUGCCCCGACUGAGGUUCUGGCAUACCAAUGCCAGGAUCAGCGCUCAGAGAGAUCUCGCCGAGGUAGGUUGGCCGGUGAAGGGGCAGACCGGGGAGCUCGAAGACGCCGCUGCGUCCUGCUUCAGCCAUCGAUCGCCGUCGCGAUCAUCAUCAUGGGCAACGUCCUCAGGCUGCUUGGCAAAUGUUGCAAUCCGAGCCCGCAGGAGGAAGGCCAAUCGUUGGGGCCACAUGGGGUCACUUACCCCACCCCCGGCGUCGCCGUUCUUGCCCACGACCUCUUCCACUUUGACAACACCGGCGAGGUCCCUGAUGGGUUGAGCAGACACGUCGUCUCCUCAAAGAAAGCGCAGGCUAAUUGGUAUAAGAAGCUGGUUGGGGCAUGGAAGGAAGCCAAACCACCUCCAAAAUCACCAGAAGCAGCAUCCAAGCUCAUCAUUGAAACACUGAGGAGGCAUAGGAAGGAAGAUGUAGAGGGUGUCCUCGCGUUCUAUGGUCUACCUGCAACCGACGCUAUAACUGGGGUUGGACAAGGGUUGCCCCUUUCUUUGCCUGGAGUAAAGCUCCAAUUUACGACACUUCCUGUAGACACGAAGGAUGUUGCAGAUGGCGAUACAAUAACCGUGUAUGUGGACACUAAGGAGGCCAGAGAAUCUGCGCAAGUCCCCGACUCUGUACGCAAUGCAGUCACCAGAAGAUCAAAGGAACUUGCAAAGAAGAACUAUGCAGAAGCUAACGCUCUGCAGAAGCAAAUAUUUAAAGCUGGCUAUCGGGUCAGCAACGGUCCAAAUGGAGAUAUUCUUGCAAGAAAGUACCGUAUCAGGCUAAGGGGAAUCGAUGCCCCUGAAAGUUCGAUGCCUUAUGGUGCUGAAGCGAAGGAGGCAUUAAGAAAUUUGGUAGGAGGAAACAGCCUGGAAAUCCAUGUGUAUGAAGAAGAUCAAUAUGGACGUUCCGUGGCAGAUGUUUACUGCAACGGCAUAUUUGUCCAGGAGUUCAUGCUCAAAAAGGGACUUGCAUGGCAUUACGUGGCGUAUGAUAGGCGUCCUCAGUUUGCAAAAUGGGAGAAGGAGGCUCAAGUCACUCGAAUUGGGCUAUGGGCUUCGUCGGACCCAGAGAAACCGUGGGAAUGGAGGAAAGACAACAGAAGGGGAGUGUGAUUGUGUAGAAUGUGGAAGCUAUUACAAGCUGUAAAGUAGGGAGGCAAAAUCCCAAUUUAUUCAGGGGAAGUAAGCUAUUACAACUUGCACUGUAAAGUAGACAGGGAGGCAAGAUCCCAAUUUGUUGAGAGGAAUGUGUUUUAUGUAACUGCAUCGGAUUUCAGUCUUGGUUGCUUAAGCCAUUUUUCAGAUGUAACUUGGUGCAACAGUUUGCUGGCUAUGAAGAUUUCAAGUCAUGGGUGGCUUGGUGAUUGGUGGAUAUGAAGCGCCAUCAUGCACCAUCAGGAUGAAAAAGCGAGAGACAGUAGAAAACGCUUUGGACUGUCUCGCCUACCGAGAGCCAAAACCAAUAUUUGUAAACACCAAAAGUGGUCACAACAAUAUUGUCUUGGGCAAAUCGUAUGAAAGGCAGAGAAGGGUGUCACACCAUCGCCUGUCUCACAACCUUAUCUCUCGGUAAGGUGCUGCAUGUUCGGCCUCCAACACAUUGGUGUGUAUUCGGAGGGACCUAUGCAGUAUUUGUUUCCAUAUUUCUCAUUAAUAAAAAAGAAUGGGCACUGAUAUCUUUAAGCA